AUGGAAAACGAAUUUCUUGAUAAGGCUGAAAAUAAUGCGGUUGUCCAAACAUGGUCAGAAAGAACGCAACUUGAGAAAGGUGAUAGUGUAACGGAGGGGUAUACAUCAGAAUUAUGGGACUUCACUUGUAUCAACGUAACUCAGAAUAAUCUCCAAGACUUGAAAGAAAUCUGGGCUCAGUGGGAUGACGAGGUCAAACAAUUGUUUUACUAUAAUUAUGGUGAUUUGCCCUACUUGCUCGACAUCAAAGUGGACGAGCAUUUAUUUCGAGCUCUGGUCCAAUUUUGGAAUUCUGCUUAUAGCUUUUUCACCUUUGGGGAAGUAGACUUGGUGCCUACCGUGGAGGAGUAUACAGCUUUGCUUUGUUGUCCAAGAAUCCAAGUAGAUAAAGUUUAUGCUAGAACUGCCAAUGUUCUCCCUUUUACAAAGAAGUUAGCAAAGAUCACUGGAAUGAGCGAGCAAUGGGUUACGGCACGAACCAAGCAAAAAGGAGAAAAUAAAUGUAUCCCUUGGAGAAGUUUGCGAGAUCAGAUUUCGGCACACCCUGAUACAAAGAAGAAAGUCGAUGUCCUCGCCUUGAGUAUCUAUGGGCAGGUUAUUUUCCCCAAAGCGUUAGGACAUAUUGAUGACACAGUUACAAAUUUGUUCAAUAAGCUUGACAGGGGGGUUACACCUAUCCCAGCAAUUCUGGCCGAAACGUUCAGAUCUUUAAGUGCAUGCCGAAGAGCGGGCGAAGGAAGAUUCAUUGGUUGUGCACAGCUCCUGUUAGCUUGGUUCCACAGCCACUUCUGGAAGGUGGAUAAGGUUUCUUACAAAGUAUUCUCUGAAAGGUAUUCUCCUUUGAAAGAAUUAGCAGCGACGCCAAGACGUGACGAUAUUUCUGGAGAAAGGUGGAUGGCGAUCCUUCAAAAUCUCCGAGAUGAAGAUGUUGAAUGGAAAGCUCCUUGGAUGGUGCCUGACGAGAUUUUAUAUCGAUGUGGAGACUUCGAUUGGGUUCCUUUACUCGGAAUUUGGGGAGCCGUUGGAUAUACCCCUCUGCUCGUAUUAAGACAGUAUAGAUCAAGGCAGUUCAUACCGGCAAUGCAAGGACUGGCCGAAUGUGAGUUUUCUUAUGGAGAUAAUAACUACAAGGGAAAGAUUCGAGAAAUGUCCAACGCUUGGAAGCAAACUCACCGGAUGAAAAGAUUUACCUUUGGGGCAAUGAUAACUCCUGAAUAUCAUGGGUGGCGAAGUAAGAGAAUUAACGACAAUAUUCCUGAACCAAGUCACGAAGGUAGUCAGUUAAUGGAGGAGCAUUUACGGGUCAUCCCUUCUGAACUGGAAAUAUUAAAGCAAGACUUUGAAAGAAGAAAUGCAGAAUUAGAAAAGCAGAUAGAGUGA